GAAGAAGGGUUGAGGAUAGGAGAUAGAGAAUCUGUGAAAUAAGGGAGAGGAUCGGGUGUGGGCUUCUUCACGGUAAUACGGUGAGGGUGCUCCUCCAACAACUUAACAUUGUCAAUCUCCGAAUCGGUGGGUCUUUGAGUGGCUUAGCGCUGUAACAAACCAGAUUUAUUCAAAGUGUGAUAUGUUCUAAAAUCCCCAACCCAUUGUUUCUUGCCAUUCCUUUUUGCUUUCCUCUGCAUUCAAACAUCACUCAGCACCCACAACACUAUGCAAAAUUGCACUUUUUCCUUCCCCACUUUCUCAAUCAAUGCCACUCUUCCAAAUUUCUCAUAUUUUUCGUCGACCCUUUGCCCCUCCAAGCUUCAAAUAGGAUUGAGUUUGACUUGUGGUUAUGGUUCUUGCAAACCACUUAGGAGGAGUCGCUAUGGUGGUUCUCUUGUGGUUCAUUGUGUCUCCAAUGGAGAAAAUGAUGAUGAUGGGUUUUACAUGAGAAGAUGUGUUCAGCUUGCAAGGAAAGCUAUUGGGUUUACCAGCCCCAAUCCGUUGGUGGGAUGUGUUAUUGUCAAGGAUGGCAAAGUUGUUGGUGAAGGGUUCCACCCUAAAGCAGGCCAACCUCAUGCUGAGGUAGUGUUUGCUCUGAGAGAUGCUGGUGCUUUGGCGGAGUCUGCAACGGCUUAUGUGAGCUUGGAACCUUGUAAUCAUUUUGGGAGGACUCCACCUUGUACUGAGGCUCUAAUUGAAGCCAAAGUGAAAAAAGUUGUUGUUGGGAUGGUGGAUCCAAAUCCCAUUGUGGCCUCCAAAGGGGUGGAUAGAUUGAGAGACGCAGGAAUUGAAGUAGCAGUUGGAGUAGAGGAAGGACUCUGCAAGAGCCUCAAUGAGGCCUAUAUUCACCGCAUGGUAACGGGAAAGCCUUUCGUUACUUUGAGGUAUUCUCUUUCUGUCAAUGGGAACCUUUUGAAUUUACUUGGGAAUGGAGUUACAGAUUGUGGGGGAUACUAUUCAAGGCUAUUACAAGAAUACGAUGCAGUGAUACUUUCUUCUUCCGUAUUCAGUGAAAAUUUGUCACUACCGACAUCUCAAGAAGUUGGAGCAAAUCAACCAAUUCGGAUUAUUGUACAUGAAGAUUCUAGUUCUUCAAAUCAAAUUCCACUGGGCAUAAGUGAGGUUACUGACAAAGUCAUAAUCUUCACAGACAGUAAGUCAGCAUCAGCUCCAGAAGUGGCUCAACUAGGAAUUGAAACCGUAGCUCUGGAUCGUAUAAAUCUGGAAGCAAUUUUGGAUUAUUGCAAUUCCCAAGGAUUGUGCAGUGUUCUGUUAGAUAUUAGGGGAAGUUUUAGUGAACUUGAAGAGCUUGUUAAGGAGGGUAUUAAGAAAAAUUAUAUUAAUAAAUUUGUCACGGAAAUUUUGCCACUUUGGAAUGGAUGUGCUGAGCCAGAUCCUCUACAGAGACUAAAGAGCUUAGAGAAAAGAGUAGAAGUGGUAAAUUUACAGUCCAAGGCCUCUGGUCAGAGUGUUGUAAUCGAGGGAAAUUUUAAAUUUUAAAUUUUAAAUGGACUCAUGGGUGCUCACAAACUCCCAUUUAUUAUUUUUUCAUUGCCCUGUAUUCUGCCUAGCAUUAUUUGUUGUAGGCUAAAAUGAAAAGCAAUUCUUGUAUUUUGCUGGGCAGAAAAUCGAAGUACUGGCGAUGAUUUUUAUUUUUUUAUUGGGCUCACAUUUUUCUUAGCUGAAAGUUUUUGCUUGUAUGCAAAUAAUUUCAUCUUGAAAUUUAGAAGGGAUUGUACCAGUCUGAUGUUACCCUAAGGCCUCAUGUGGAAUGUAAACUGUGGAUGUUAGCAGUUUGAUUUGAUGUGGAUCUGGAUAGUUCAUGUGACAAAUUCACAAGUAAUAGAGAAAGUAGAGUGCUUGAUUUUGCUUAUUUUUGCUAACAGUCCUUUGUGUAGUUCAAUAAACUUCCAUGAAUUUUUACCGACAUUCAAAUUAUGUUGCAGCACUGAUCAAUGAUAUUUUCUUCAAGGGUUAUUUUCCCUUUAUUGGAGGGUUCUAUUCAAAUAUAAAGAUUGACCCAUUGCUCAUUGUGAUUGAAUUGUUGCAUUGAUGUAUGGUUCGGCGUGGGGAAAUUUAGGGCGGUGGUCUGAGCCUUUCGCUGCAGCUUCAGGUUUGUGAUCUCUUGUUUAGGUUGUAAUGCUCCUUUCCAUGUGUCAGUGUCCAACAAUAAAUAAGUGAUUUUCUGAUGGGUAAAAGGCUAAAUGUUUUAAGAUGGUCACGAGCAAUUUUUGUGAGCGCAGUGCUUGUGAACAGAAUCAAUCAAAAGCCCAGAAUAAUACAUCCUGAGUUUUUUAUUGAUUGCAUUUGUAGGCAUUGUGCUCAUGCAAAAAUUGUUGGAUGGUCGUUUACCCAAUUUUUUUUUAUAAUUUCUUUACCUUGUAUUUGUAUCCGAUACCCCAUACCAUACCCUUAACUGCAUCUAGCUCUCUGCAUGAGACGUGGCUUUGGCAUUUCAGAACAAUGGCUUUGCUUAUUUGAAAAUUGAGUAAAAACUCUUAGUAUUACAAAUCAAAUAGAUCCUAGAAAUCUAUAACUAGUCUCGUCACUCGACAAUUAGUAUUACGUUUGAACAAACAUAAUUUCGAACAUUUUCCUCUUAUGAUAUAUGGACCUUGUAUGUGUAUCCCUUUAACAUGAAAACAGGAAUCGCCGAGGUGCUUUACCCAAAUAAUUAUAGGAAGACAGCGAGCACACAAAAUGAAGCAAAUAGAACCCAGCCUUGGAUAAAGGGAUCCUCUUAC